GGGGCGGGAGGGAGAGGGACUCGAUACAUUUGUGCAGUUUUGUAACGUAAUGAGUGUGUUGCAUUUGAAGGGAAUGAUAAUGCAUGAAGAACGAUGAUUGGCAUCAAAUUGCAUACCAUAGGACCGAGAAGGUUACAUUGUUGCGGGUAUUAAGGAGGAUGGAUAAAGCUAGUAAAGCUUUGCGAAGGAGCAGUGUUUGUAUAAAAUCAAUGGGAAUGGGCCAUCGUGAUCUGAAUAUGGUAAUCUCAGAGCUUAAAGCCGUGCGAUCUACAGCAAAAGCCUUUAUUGUGGCGCAGAAUACAGCUGUUAUGGAAUUGAUGAAAUGGGCAUCUGGUGAUGAAAAUGAAGCAAUAAAAAAUACGUUCAUUUAUAUAGCAGAACUGAAUUCUUUGUGGACUGAAGUGCAGAAGGAAUUUUCAGAAAAUCUGAAGGAGUUUAGCCAUCAGUUUGAAAUGAUUCUGGAAGGUGAGCAGCACAUGGAUCAAGUUAGAAAUCGGUUGAGUGUAUGUGAGAAUAAGGAGCAAAAAAUUAGAAAGGAAAUACAGAAAUCAGCAAGAAAGAGCACAGCAGAAGAACUACAGCAGCUAGAAGCAAAGUUAGUGCAGGCUAAGCAAUCAAAAGAACUUGCACAAUAUGAAGCAAUGGAGUGCAUGAAAGAGAAAGAAGCAGUCAAGCUUAUUAGAAUAAAAGAAGGCAUGCUGAAGCUGUCAGAAUCAUAUUUAGAAUUGGCUCACAAAUGUCAUGUAAUAUUUGAGGCCCAGCGUGAUGUUGCCUCAGAAAUUCCAGAUGUGCAGGACCAAAAUAUUCAUGAAAUCACAUAUACUGGUAAUGAAGCAGCAAGGCAAUCUGUGACAAGAGCAAAGGAACAAGUGCAGCGAUACCAAAGACGUUCUUAUCAUUUACUGCCUCGUGCUCCACCAUUGAUGGAUGAUUGUGGUCCACCUCCUCCAUACUCACCAGUCCUUUCACAGGAAGUGCACAGGCAUUCACAUGGCUCAGACCGUACUAACCUGCAUCAUAGAUCACAUACUGGUGGUUAUCCAGACAGAAGACUGACUGAUCAACGGUAUUCUGUUGGUUCAUUGAGUGGUACAGAUGUGCGAUGGAACCAGAACUAUGAAGAGGAGUUGGCUGGAGCUGUCAGCAGAUUCAGAAUUGGAGAAUGAUCUGUUAAAACUUUUUAAUGUGUUAUCUUGUAAAUGGCUUGUAUUUUAUAACAUAAGCCUCCAUUAAGUGACAGAAGAAGGGAAUUUUCUACUGUGUGUGGAAGACGUAUUUGAAAACUCAAAAUAAAGUUUCAGAAGAGUGGCUUUUGUGAUUAUAGGCUCAGUAUACUGGUAUACUAAAUGUUAUAUGCACAAAUUGCCCACUAUGUGUAUUGCUGAGCACAGGGAGGAUCAGUUUCUUCAUGUUGGCAGUGUGUGAGGUGGUUUAAUGGUUUGCUAAUUCCUUGGAAGCUUUACUAUCUUUGCAUUAAAGUGUGAACAGAAUGAAAUUCUGCAGCACAGAUUGGUGAUAUGACAGGCAUGUGUAAAUGUAGUAUGGCACAACUUCUUUUGCACUAUGACAGUGGUAGUGCUAAUCAUACUGAUUAUUCACUUAUAAAAAUGUAUUUGAAAGCUUAGGUUCUUACAGGAGACAGACUGAAUACAAUACCUUUGUUUACACAUGACAAAUCCAUUUUCUCAAUCAAUAUCUAUCUGUUUUGCCAAAUAUGUGUUACUCCUGUAGAGUAAAGAUAAGACAGAAAUAAUUAUUAAUCAGAUUUUUGAUGUUGGAUAAGGUCCAGUCCAUGUGGCAUUAUAGUAAUAUUGAUUGUAUGCAUAUGUUGCUUGAACAGUGAAUGUAACGUACCACACUUCUAAUUAAAUACCCUGAGAAAAAU